GCGGCAGUGGGAUCACCUUGAGACUGCAGCUUCGGAAAGCGGCAGAAGAACGUCGCUUCGGAGCAAGAGACGUCGCCACUUAGAGCUCCUUGGAAGGGACAUCCUGCGCUGGAAGCCCUUCAGGUCAAGGUUCCUUCUACUCAUCAGCGUUUAGUUUCCAGUUUGAACCAUCAGAUUUAAGUGAAAACAGUAAGACAGUUUCAAAAGAUUACAGGGAAUAAGGAGGCCCUACAAGAGGAAAAGAUGAGGAGAAGCUGGAAUAUGGAGGCGAGCAAAACGCCAAGUGAAUUAGCAUGCACAGCUAUUCAGAACCAGCAGCUGUUUGCUGCCAUGGCCGACACCUUUCUGGAACAUAUGUGUCGUUUGGAUAUCGACUCAGAGCCCACCGCUGCCCGAAACACUGGAAUCAUCUGCACCAUUGGUCCAGCCUCCCGAUCUGUGGAAAAGCUAAAAGAAAUGAUAGCAGCUGGAAUGAAUGUGGCUCGUCUAAACUUCUCCCAUGGAACUCAUGAGUACCAUGCAGAAACUAUCAAAAAUGUGCGCACAGCUACAGAAAACUUUGCUUCUGAUCCUGUUUAUUACCGGCCCAUUGCUAUAGCCUUGGACACCAAAGGACCAGAGAUCCGAACUGGACUCAUCAAGGGUAGUGGCACAGCUGAAGUGGAGCUAAAGAAGGGCAGUACUCUCAAAGUAACUUUGGAUAAUGCCUAUAUGGAGAAAUGUGAUGAAAAUAUCCUGUGGGUAGACUACAAAAACAUUUGCAAGGUGGUGGACGUUGGUGGCAAAAUCUUUGUGGACGAUGGGCUCAUUUCUCUUCUUGUGAAGGAAAAAGGUCAGGAUUUCCUUAUAACUGAAGUGGAGAAUGGUGGUGUGCUGGGCAGCAAGAAGGGUGUGAACCUUCCUGGGGCAGCUGUAGACUUGCCUGCUGUAUCUGAGAAGGAUAUCAAGGAUCUUCAGUUUGGAUUAGAGCAAGAUGUGGAUAUGAUAUUCGCAUCUUUCAUCCGAAAGGCUGCUGAUGUUCAUGCAGUCAGAAAGGUCCUGGGAGAGAAAGGAAGGAACAUCAAGAUCAUCAGCAAGAUUGAAAACCAUGAAGGAGUCCGAAGAUUUGAUGAGAUCCUGGAAGCCAGUGAUGGCAUCAUGGUUGCUCGGGGGGAUCUGGGUAUUGAGAUCCCAGCAGAAAAAGUCUUCCUUGCCCAGAAGAUGAUGAUUGGAAGAUGUAAUCGAGUUGGGAAACCUGUUAUUUGUGCCACUCAGAUGCUUGAGAGCAUGAUUAAGAAGCCCCGGCCCACACGUGCUGAAGGUAGUGAUGUAGCCAAUGCUGUUCUGGAUGGAGCUGAUUGUAUCAUGCUGUCUGGAGAGACUGCCAAAGGAGACUAUCCAGUAGAAGCUGUGCGGAUGCAGCACUUGAUUGCCCGAGAGGCAGAGGCCGCCAUCUAUCACACGCAGUUGUUUGAGGAGCUUCGCCGCCUAGCCCCUAUAACCAAGGAUCCCACUGAAGCUGCUGCUGUGGGUGCCGUAGAGGCUUCCUUCAAGUGUUGCAGUGGGGCCAUUAUCGUCCUUACCAAGUCUGGAAGGUCUGCUCAUCAGGUGGCCAGGUACCGUCCUAGGGCCCCCAUCAUAGCUGUGACUCGUAGUGCUCAGGCUGCACGUCAGGCCCAUCUUUAUCGAGGUAUCUUCCCCGUGCUGUGCAAAGAUGCUGUUCAUGAAUCAUGGGCUGAAGAUGUGGACCUCAGGGUUAACUUAGCCAUGAAAGUCGGCAAAGCUCGAGGCUUUUUCAAGAAAGAUGAUGUGGUCAUUGUCCUAAAUGGUUGGCGUCCAGGUGCAGGCUUCACCAACACUAUGCGGGUGCUGCCAGUGCCAUAAAAGAGCAUUUGAAGAUGUUCUUAUGGGUGACUUCAGCACGGUCCCUUCCCUGCUCCUGCCUGCAUCCAUUAGAUCUGCAGCUGUUAUUGGUGUUGUCCAUACCUAGCUACUAGAGGCUUUACACAGCUAAAACUCCAAAAAAAAAAAAACAAAAACAAAAAAAAACACAAUUAAAGUCUCUUCUUAAAGAAACUUAAUUAGACUUACCUUCCUUCCUCCUCUACUAGAAACAUCAGUAACAAUCAGUUUAGCUCACCUCUAGUGGUGUGUAAAGAUAGAGCAGCUGUGGCUUAGCUUGGGGUACCGCAGACCAUUUUUGACAUGGGAUUAAAGUACAUGCAUCAGUAUUGUGUUUUAAAUUGAUCUAGAUCUUCUUUGUACACACAUAAGUAAACACUAGCCACAGUCCCUCUAAGUACAAGUUCUCAAUGUAUAUGGGCUUCUACUUUUCAGACCAGAGGAACUCUCCUCCCUUUCUCCACCUCAAUCAAGUUAAUAAAAGAUUCUUGAUUUCAUACACUUGUUAAAAAUUAGAAGUUGAAUCCAGCUGCUAAAAACCAAUACAGUUUAAUGAAUAAUGUAAUCAUUUAGCAAUUGUGUCACUCCUCCUUGGCGGGGAGGAAGAAGCUUCCAGUUAUGUCAUCUUUUUCCUCCAGUUGCAGAAGGGAGCCUAGGAUGGAAAAGAAAUUCUAACCAGAAUUUCUCUCUCCCAGGCAGCAGGCCUUACCACACUCCUUGCCUACAACCCAACUUCCAAUAUUUUUGUUUUCAAUCUGAAACAAACGUACACUCCUGUUGUCCUGUAUUUGAUUGUAGAGUACAUCACUUGUCAAUAAACAUGAGCUGAAGCACU